AUGCGGUAUGCACAGUUAGUUGUGGGUCCUGCUGGCAGUGGAAAGUCAACAUACUGUUCAACGAUAGUAAAGCAUGCCAAUGACUCAAAGCGUAUAGUGGAGGUGGUGAACCUGGACCCAGCGGCAGAACACUUUGAGUAUGAACCGCUGGUGGACAUACGAGAACUCAUACACCUAGAAGAUGCUAUGGAGGAUGAGGAAUUACAGUUUGGACCCAACGGCGGACUUGUGUUUUGUAUAGAGACUCUUCUAGAAAACUGUGACUGGUUAGAAGAACAGCUGGGCGAUGUUGACGAUGACUAUCUACUGUUUGACUGCCCUGGCCAGAUAGAACUUUACACACACCUUCCUGUCAUGAGGAAGCUAGUGGACCUGUUGCAGAAGUGGAACUUCAGGAUAUGUGUUGUGUUCAUGGUGGACUCACAGUUCAUGAUUGAUGGUGCAAAGUUUUUGUCAGGCACAAUGGCAGCACUCAGUGUGAUGGUGAACUUAGAACUACCACAUGUAAAUAUUCUCACAAAAAUGGAUCUGCUCAGCAAGAGUGCCCGGAGACAGAUUGAUGAUUACCUAGACCCAGACCCACAUGUGUUACUAGCAGACAUGAGAAACGCAAAAUCGAAAUGGCACGAGAAGUAUGCGAAGUUAACAGAAGCUAUCGGAGAAGUGGUGGAGAACUUCAGCCUGGUCCGCUUUUACCCUCUUAACAUAAAGGAUGAAGAAAGCAUUGAAAAUAUUAUGCUAACAAUAGACAAUAUCAUACAAUAUGGUGAAGAUGCUGAUGUCAAGACCCGGGACUUUGAUGAAGAGGAUCCUGAUAAUGUAGCCUGUGAUUAA